AUGCCUCUCUCUUGUGGCUACGGCAGUGAGGAGGAGGAGGAGGAGGAGGAGGAGGAGGAGGAGGAGGAGGAGGAGGAGGACGACGACGACGACAACAACAACAACAACAACUGCAGCGGCCAGGAUGUGCUUUCUCAGAUCUCACUGAAAUACCCAUCCAAGCCUGGCCUGACCCGUCCAACAACAAUUCAACUGGCCAGCUUCGGCAGCCGCACGGGCUGCCCUGUGGAGACCACGGAGUCGGUCCUCGCCUUACUUUGUCUCGCCGCCGGGGGCCAUGCGCGCCACACACCGCGACGAACAAGUCGUCGUGCUUCCUGA